AUGGCACGACUCCCGAAACUCGCAGUCUUCGAUCUAGAUUACACGCUCUGGCCGUUCUGGGUGGACACGCACGUAGACCCCCCGUUCCACAAGAGCAGUGAUGGAACUGUACGAGAUAGGCGGGGCCAGAGCAUCCAACUGUACCCUGAGGUGCCUGCGGUCCUGGAACGAUUGCGGGGCCUGGGAGUGCCCAUCGCGGCCGCUUCACGGACAGGUGAGGUUGAAGGAGCCAACCAGUUGCUGGAGCUCUUUGACCUUGUCAGAUACUUUGUUCAUCGGGAAAUCUAUCCAGGCAGCAAAGUCACGCACUUUGAGAGGUUGCAGCGAAAGACUGGAAUUCCUUUCUCCCAGAUGAUCUUCUUUGAUGAUGAGAAGAGGAACAUCGUAGAUGUCAGCAAACUGGGUGUUACCUGCAUUCAUGUCCAGCAUGGAAUGAGCCUUCAAACCCUAACUCAAGGAUUAGAUGCAUUCACAAAGGCCCAAACUGGACUCUGA